CACCGGGGAGGAACUCCACUUUUAUUCAGGAGAGCGAAGCCGGAGCAUGCACAAGGGGAAAGCGCGCGGUGUCGUCCCUUUUUUUUUGCAGGAGCAACAGCUGAUUUGGUGAGCGCGUAAGCAGAGAGUGCAGGCUACUUACUGUCGGUGCACAGCCAGACUCCUGCUCUGUCACUCGGGCUCACACGGUGACUCUGUCGGUGGCGCAGAGCGCGGCGUCUCGGUGGACAUUACGGUACCGGGACAGACUGGAGAGAGGACCGUGCGUACUGACAGGAGACCACAGCCUUGACACCGACGAUUUUCAUGGAAAUAUCACGGGUCGAAACCGAGCAUAAACACCUUGUCUGAAGAAGUCGGGAAGCAGGCAACUUGGAUUAUACAGCUCUUGUUCUCUUUUGCCUUGACCGAGAACAGUUGACUACGAAUUGCAAAAAAAAAGAAAGAAAAUGUUUACCGGGCAGCAGGCCGUGUGUUAGGGCUCUUUUGCUUCCGGUAUAAGGCCCAGCUGAACAAGAAACCGAGCAGUUUUCUCUCUCCCACACACUUUUUUUGGAAGCCGAACUUUUCAGAGUGGAAAAUGGGUCUUUGAGAGUGUUUGGCACACUUCCCUACACCACAAUGGCAACCGAAACCUUUCUGUUGAAUGAAGAACCCUCCAGAGGUCCUGGAAUGCCUGAAUGCUUUGUAGUAUCAGAUUCAUACAGGUAUUACCCUACUCACCUUCUAAACAAUGCCUUAGUGGAUGAAUUUCAUCCCUUCAUUGAGGCCCUCCUCCCCCAUGUCCGUGCCUUCUCCUACACCUGGUUCAACCUGCAGGCCCGUAAGCGCAAGUACUUCAAGAAGCACGAAAAGAGGAUGACCAAGGACGAAGAACGCGCGGUGAAGGACGAACUGCUGGGGGAGAAGCCAGAGAUCAAGCAGAAGUGGGCCUCGCGCCUGCUGGCCAAGCUCCGCAAGGACAUCCGGCCCGAGUUCCGUGAGGACUUUGUGCUCACCAUCACAGGGAAGAAGCCCCCCUGCUGCGUGCUGUCCAACCCCGACCAGAAGGGCAAGAUCCGCCGCAUCGACUGCCUCCGCCAGGCCGACAAGGUGUGGCGGCUGGACCUGGUGAUGGUCAUCCUGUUCAAGGGCAGCCCCCUGGAGAGCACGGACGGGGAGCGGCUGGUCAAGUCGCCGCAGUGCUCCAACCACGGCCUGUGUGUCCAGCCGCACCACAUUGGAGUGACAGUGAAGGAGCUGGACCUCUACCUGGCCUACUUCGUCCACACACCAGAACAAUCAGGACAAUCAGACAGCUCAAACCAGCAAGGAGACACAGACGUCAAGCCCCCACCAAAUGGCCACUUGAGUUUCCAGGACUGCUUUGUGACUUCAGGGGUGUGGAACGUAGCCGAGCUGGUCCGCGUGUCACAGACUCCAGUGGCUACAGCGACCGGUCCCAACUUCUCCUUGGCUGAUCUGGACAGCCCUGGCUACUAUAACAUCAACCAGGUGACCCUGGGACGGCGUUCCAUCACCUCCACCCCUUCCACCAGGACUGAAAUGGAGCUUUAUGCAAGUCUCCCACGGAGCUCCAACAAGCGCAAGUCCAUUGACGACAGCGAGAUGGAGAGCCCGGUGGACGAUGUCUUCUACUCAGGCCGUUCCCCGGCGGCUGGCAGCAGCUCUCAGUCCAGCGGUUGGCCUAAUGAUGUAGAUGCAGUGCAGCACCAUUUGGCCAGUGUGCAGGAGAGGAAGAUUAAGCAUGAGAGCGAUGGAGUGCAGUUUCCUUACCAUGGACUCUCAUCGCCUGGUUCUCUUAAGAAGCCGGGGAAAUUCGAUUUCAGCGCCCUGUCCUCCCAGACGAGGUCCCCCCGCAUGGCGUUCACCCACCACCCACUGCCAAUGCUGGCGGGAGUGAGACCAGGGAGUCCCCGUGCUUCAGCCUCGGCCCUGCACUUCCCAUCUCCCUCCAUCAUCCAGCAGUCUAGCCCCUAUUUCACCCACCCAACCAUCCGCUACCACCACCACCCUGGACAGGAUCCCCUGAAGGAAUUUGUGCAGUUUGUCUGUGCUGAUGGCUCGGGGCAGGCCGCCGGACAGCAUACUCCACGCCAGGCGCCACAGCUCCCAACAGGUUUGUCGGCAUCGGAUCACGGGACAACAACUUUCUGAACAUCCCGCAGCAGACACAGUCUUGGUUCCUCUGACAAGAUCUGUGUGCAAACCAGCAACUAGAAUUCUUUCUUUACAAUCGGAAAUAGAAAAACAGAGAAACAACCCGCAGGAUGAUAAUUGUCCUCCAACCGACCCACCGACCGGCCCUUACAGUAUGUCUCACCUAACAUAAAAUAUAACCAAGCAACGCAGGAAAAUUCAGCAGCAUGACGCUUUUAGAGGAACUCUGGACUCAUUUACCCAGUCAGAGGGAGGACCCGUUUCGAGCAAGGAUGGAUAGAUGGAAAGAUGAACGGAUGGACACGAGGAUGCAAGGAUAGUGGAGGAUAAGGGGACAAACGGCAGCAAGCAGCUAGCAGGUAUCUCUCCUGAAACCAAUGAACCAGCACAACAUGGCAGCAACGCAGGAGGAACCUGAGGAGGAAAAAGCGGUCAACUUCUCCUACUUCACAAGGACGCAUUGUGCAACGAAUGGCUACAAAAAUCAACUGUCCAACAAAAUCAGGUUUCCACCACACAGAUUAAACAUUUCAGCUACACAGCUUGACCCCCGAUGAUGAAUCCACAGCCUGAUCAAAGCAAAGACACAAAUUUGGUUUCCAAUGAAAGCUGCAGUCCAUGCUCCUGUGAUGUCUGUCAUCACCCAAAACUAAAUCAAAUUGCCCAAUGUUACUCUCCCUCUGAAUGAACAUUGACUCUAUAAAACCCCCUUCACCCUACUACUAACUAGAGAGAGACCAUGCCAAAACAUAUCUUGAUUAAGGGUUGCACUACAAGCUGAAUCAAUUAACACUAAUCUUAACGAUGUGCACUAUUUACCUACAAGGCAUGGGAGGUAAACCAUACUUGCCUAUUAAGAGUUUUAAAGAGGAAAAACCAAGGUACAAGAAGCCUUCACGUGUCCUCAAUCCCCAUCGUCAGUUCGACAAAUCAUUGGCCUCCGCUCAUUCUCACAUAUCCCCGUGCAACAAUCACUUUGUACCGGGAAGUCCAAUCAGAACGAUCACACAAUCUGUGCCAUGACCACAGCAUGUUUGUACAAUUGAAAACACACAGUUGCCCAGUCUCACCAUUUAGAUUGUAGUAUUUAUAGGUGGUGGUGUUUGUAUUAUUAUAUUUUCAUUUUAUAUGCACAUACGGUAAGCCCAGUGAACUCUCUCUACCUAUUUGAUUAGAUAUCUAAACCUACAACCCACACACACAUACUGAAAAUCAGUGUGCGCACAUCAUUUAUGACAGUUUCCACGACUAUAGACAGCAGCUAUUGGUUCCCCCUUUGCCCUCUUGUAAUGUAGAUGAAUGAUUUUGUUAUCUCUUGUGUGUUCUCUUAUUUGAAUUUAUUCCUUUUGGAUUUGUACUAUUUUAUAAUUGUUUUGUAUUUGAAUGACAGCACCUUAUAGAGAAACACAGUAAGAAGUGGGACGUUGAAGCAGGGUGGUUAGCUGACCCGUGAUCAAAUAGUACUUGCAAAAACUUAAAUGUUUGACAUUUUGGGAAAUAAGCACUUUCACUUUCUUACAAAGAAUUAGACGAGAAGAUUGAUACAACUGUCUUGUGUGUGUGCUAAAUAUAAAGCCACUGCUAGCAGCUGCUUAGCUUAGCUUAGCAUAAAGACUAGAAGCCGAGGACACGGCUAGCCUGGCUCUGUCUUAAGGUAACAAAAUGCGCCUGUUAGCACCUCUAAAACUCAUUAAUGUUACAUUUAAUGUGCUUAAUAUGUACAAAAGUUCAAAUGUAGAGACAACAAUUUGCGAUUUUACUUAAGGUGGAGACCAGGCAACUAGUCCCAGCCAAGAAAUAUUCUGGCACAUAACCAAAAGCUGCAAAUUGUCAUUUUUACUUGUUUUUUGUAUGAAUUAAACAAUAUAACAUGUUUAUUAGUGGGUUUUAGAGGUGCUAGCAGGCAUAUUGUGUUAAAUUUGCACAGAGCCAUGCUAGCUGCUUCCCCUGUUCCCAUUUUCUAUGCUAAGCUAAGCUAACCAACUACUUAUAGUAUUUUCAUAUUUACAUACAGGCAUGAGAGUGGUAACAAUCUUCUCAUCUAACUCUUGACAAGAAAGUUGAAUGAGCAUAUUUACUAGAACUGUCAUACCUUUCCAUUAACAUGGUUUGUUUGUUCUCAGUGCCAGAUAACAUAUUUGCCACAUAUCGUACUGUAGGGCGACACAACACAAGGUUUUGACAAUCACAGGAACCUUUUUUUUUCCUGGGACCUCGGCUGCUGAACCAUUAUACUGGUCAAGAAAAACCUACUAUUUGACCCAGGCACGGCUGGUGGGUAGCGGUGGUGAUAUGAUUGAUAAUGAUUGAUAGAAAAAAGCAGAACAAUGGAGGGAAAGGUUGCUGAAGAUGGGACCCAGAGUAAAAGAGAGAGUUGCUCUUCUUUCUGUCUCCCUAAAGUUUACCCUGUUGUUUACACUCCCAGACGGGCCGCUGCUCCAAGAGCAGAGGGAGCCACACUGCGGAGCAAAAUGAAUAUGUGACAUAUCUGGCUGUUUCGGAGAGAGGGAACGAGGGCCUCUAGGCUAGCAGUAAGAGGAUCACCCAUGUGCCCACUUAGUUUUUUUUUUUUUUUUUUUUGUUCUUGUAAUUAGGGGUGCACAGGAUCAGGUAAAGGAUAUUGGUUGCUAUGGUAAUCCACCUCCCACCGACACACACACACCAGCACUCCCCCCACCCCCCUCUAGCUAUUGUGAAUCGAUGAGCCCUUAAUGAUCAAAACUGCACUAAAACAAUCAUGCCAGCCAACCUUGUGAGUUUUCUUUUUUUAGUCGAGAACGACAUUAGAUUCGACCACCACUUGUAGAGCACAGAUCGCCACUUCUUAAACACACCGAUUUAUGAAGACCACUCACGAUUAACGCAAACACACACACCGCCCUGCCCGACUGAAUUCAAAGGGAAGUCUUAAACGUAGACAAUCUGAGGAGGCCUUUUAUGCUUUUAAUGGUUUUAUAUCACAAGCCCGUACGUAUAUUCAGACUGACUCACUUAUUUCCUGAUAAACAUGAAAAGUUCAAUUUCAAAACCACCCAUCCAACCUCACAAAAUAACUGGACUGCCUGGCCAUGUUCUUCACUGCAGGGAAACAACAUAGUUGGCCAAACGACUGGCGACCAUCUCAUCAGCUUCGUAGAGAGAACUAGCUCUGCUGACUUAACGAUGGCUAAGGUGAUUUCUUUUCUAAUCUAUGGAAGUGCCUCUGUAUUCCCAUUAUGCAAUUUGUCAAACAUGAAUUCAGGUUCUUUUUCUCACAUAUAAGCUAUAGUGAAUGGUGAAAAAAAAUCUAUGUCAGGAGAGGAAAAAACGGCGACAGCUCACUAGAUAAUCGCAAGCAUCUUUAUAUAUAAUACACAUAUAUAUUUAUAGAUAUAUACAUUUUUUUUAUUUGCAAGAUAAGCUCUGUGGCAGUCUAGUUAUUUUUUGAAGCAUGGCGAACAUCGCACAUCUCGAAAACAGCUGAUUUGAGCUUAAAAGUACCAGUCUCUAAAACUCACACUCGCAUUAAACGACAUGAAAGAAAAAAGAAAAUCCAUGGCAACAAACGCAACAAUAGAUUCAACCACAGUGACGAUAACGUAGUCGAGGAUCUAAAAAAAAUUCUAAAAAAAAGAACAGAUUAGGUGUUGUUUUUUUCUUUCUUGUUUUGAUGGGAAGUAUUGUUCUUGAACCUAAAUGAUGUAUGUUGAUUGAGCCAUGUGCAAUGCCUUGGUAGAGGAAUUGUGUUUGUUUGUUAGCGAUUGUUUGAGGGUGUUGCGAGAAAAGAGGGAAAACCCUCUGAGGUUUUUUUUUUUUGUCUGUUUUUCAAGUCCACAUGCUCUGGGACUCUAAAUAUAAGGGCAGAGAGAAAAAAAUCCCAGUCUUUGUAAGUAAGUUUGGGGAAAUUGUUAUUAAUUUCCUAUUUUGUUUAUUCAUUUUUUUUCUUUUAUCACUUUUUUAAGAAAAAACGUCAUUUCUAGUGAUUUGUUUUCAACAUGUGGGAGGGCUGAAGGAACAAUUUUGCAACUCAAAAUAUAUAUCACUAUAAAAACUGGUGCUUUCUAAAGAAUAAAGUACAUUCAAUCUCUAUUAUACAUAAAUAAUAAUAAACAAAAUUAAGUGUUAUCAUAAAAGCAAAUUUUAGGAAAACAUGCAUUAUUCUAUUUCUCUUUUUUGUAUUUACCGAGGGGGGAGGGGUUCAUUGUAUGAAAAGGUUGUUGUGACAAAAGGCAUUUUUCCCCACCAACCUUUACACCACACACUUGUAUCCAACACAAGUGACCCUAACAUGGGACAAAGACAAGAUCUUCCCCAAUUUUGGGAGAUGCACAAGUACGGAUUCCCAAUUUUAAGAAAAAGAAAAAGAAAAGAAAAAUGAUAAUUUGUCUUGUCUGGCUAGUUUUUCUAUUUGGUGUAAACGUCUAUCUGGUUGAUGGAGAGAGAGAACCAGCUCAGAGUGGUGCUGUCAUCAAUUCACUAACUAAAUGAACCCCCCUCCCCCCCCCAUACACACACACACACAUAAACACACACAUACACACACAUACACACACACUUCCCCUCUUCCCCCCCCCUUCCGAUUCCCCAUCUCCCACUGUAAAUGAUUAUAAAUAUUUGUUUGGUGAUGUAGUGUUAUAGACUCAGAGCAUCUUAAAGGUUGUCCCUAAAAAGUGCCUUUUGUUCACAGAUUCCAUCUUGUACUCCUGAGUGCCCAUCUCAAAAGAAAAAAAAGUCCCCUCCUUCAUACUUCUAUAUCCACUUCUUUCUCUUCCUCUUCUUCGAGCUUUUUAAAGCAGUAUACAUAGUACUAAAGGAAAUUGGUGUGAUUUAGUUCCUAUUUUUAUUGUUGAAUAAUUAAGAAAAGCAGAAAAAAAAGCCCAAAAAAAAAAGACGCUUCUCUUCCUCUGUAUCUUGUCUUCUGUCUAUCUUGGACACUGGAGUAGUCUGUAGCCGCGUAACCUUCUCCUUCUCCUUCUUCUCCUUCUCCACCACCCCCCUUCUCCUCCCUCCUUCCCUCCUUCCUUCCUUCCUUCCCUCCCUCCCUUCCUCCCUCCCCCCCACCUUUCUCCUUUUUUCCCUUUCUCUGAACGGCGGGGUUUUAAAAAACAAAAAAACAAAAAAAAGGAAAAAAAAAAGAAUACUCAAAGAUUUUUUUGUCUGAGCAGAAUGCAGUUAGCUCACAUGUUAUUCUUGUCUGUAUGCUUCACAUUGUAUUACCAUACCCAUCUUCUUCAGCUUCUCCAUUCAACAGCUAAUGUAAGUGAACAAGUUACACCACCGGGCUCUGGGCUGCGCUGAGGACGGGGGCUGUCAGAGCAGAGGGGUAAAUGAAAUAGCAACCCCCCCCCCCCCCCCCCACUCUCUCACACACACACCUUACCCCCCCACCUCCUCCUCCUCUUCCUCCCUCCUGGGAGCAGCAGAGGACAAAUCAAUCCUUCACAGUGGUGGAGAGGCUACAGCACUAUGGUGGUGAGGGUGACGGCCAGUAGGACUGCUAGUAUAGGCAGGUUUGUUUGUAAUCCUUGUUUCUAUCUAUUUAUUUUUUUAUAAUUGAAUUUGGAUUUGCUUAUUGAUAUCUCUAUUUUUUUUUUUUUUUUGUCAUUUUUACUGAGUAUCUUAGGCAGCAUUAAGGCGCUGCAUUGAGACCGUCAAUUAUGCACCUUUCUAGUGGUUGAAUGAGACCAGCUAUUUAAAAAAGAAAAAAGAAAAAAAACUGAAAUGACUCGAAGCACCUUAUCAAGCGGACUGGUUCCACAGCGGGGAGACUUUAAAAAAAAAAAGGCUCAGAUUUAGCACAAUCAUGAGAAAUGUUACACAUUGAUUCACCGCCAUUCUAAAAUCAAGUUGACCAAAGUGGUAUGGCUCCAAAAAAAAAGCUACUUUGGUGACUUAUAGAAGAAAAAGAAAGAAGAAAAAAAAAAAAGCACCUUCAAAUUCCACCAGCAAAAAAACAAACGAGUGCAGGUUUUAAUGACAGAUUUGUGCCCUGCAAAAAAAAAAAAAAAAAUUAUUUAGCAUAUAUGCAACUUUUUAUUUUUUUUCUUCAUCAAGCAAAUGAAGCCAGCAGCAGUAUUAUCAAUCAAGCCUUGACAAAUGAAAGCGCCACAGAUGAGAAGCCAUAUCAGAGAUGAACAGGUUGCAGGGAGCAGAGAGAGAGAGAGUGUGUGUGUGUGCGUGUGUGUGUGUGCAUGCGUGUGUGUGUUGUUAAGGGAGGGUGUCAACAGAUUAAUGCACCUGCACCGUUCAAGAGAGCGAGAGAGCCCAGUCUGGCCCUGUGGCCUGGCCGUCCGCCGUUUUUAUGUUCCUUUUGGCUUUGUUUGUUUUUAACACGUUUUGUAGGACGUCGGGCCGUGUUUAGUGACGUGUAGACUGAGCCCCCCUGGCCGGCCGAACCCCUCACCUCUGACCUGUAACCCCUCCCAUCACUGGUGCUCCUCCUCCUCCUCCUCUUCCUCCUCUUCUUCCUCCUCCCCUUCGCAUCAGCCUCCCAUCCUCAGACACACCUCCCAGAGCCCAUGGUGAAAUGCAUGUGUUAAUUACAGUUUCUUUUCCAUAAUAAUAAUAAAAAACAGUUUGAAAAGAGCAACACUUGAUUGAAUAAAAGGAUGUUCUUGACUGUAA